AUGCCCCUCGAGUCCCGGCCCCGCCCCACUAGCCCGCCCUUGCGCGCCCCCCGAGCCGCGCCGCCCCUGUCGAGUCACGCCGCCCUGCUAGAACCGCGCCGCCCUCCGCACUGCGCUCCUGCUGCUGCUGUCACUGCUACCGCUGCCACUCCUGCUCCUCCUGCGGCCAUGGCUAGCCCUACCGUGCUCGCUUUCGAUUCUGAGGGCCGCCCGCUGAAAUUUGACACCUGGCUCGAUGACCUGCACCUGUAUCUCCAGCUCACUGCCAAGGAGGAUAUUUCACUGUACGAUCACGCACUAGGCCACGCUGCUACCCCUGCUGCUGAUGGUGACAGCACUGCCCGCUCACAGUGGCAGACUCGUGACGCCCACGCUCGCUUCGCUAUUCGCGCCUCCCUGCCGUUAGAUGAGCGCGAGCACUUUGGCCAGCACAAGACUGCACAGGCACUGUACAAAGCUGUAGUUGCGCGCUACUCCUCACCUGCCUCUGCUGCGCUAGGUCGUCUCUCGCUUCCCUACCUGUUCCCCGACCUGUCCGCCUUCUCCACAGUCGCUGACCUCAUCACGCACCUCCGCACUAGUGAGGCCCGCUUUCGUGCCGCUAUGCCCGCUGAGUUUCUUGCCAAGAACCCCCCCCCGCUGUGGUUGACUCUCUACCACAUCGUCACCCGUCUCCCUGACUCUCUUCGUGCGGUUAGGGACCACUUCCUCGCUCGCUGCCCCACUGAGCUCACCAUUGAUCUGCUCGAGAAGGAACUGCUUGCAGCUGAGACUAGCAUAGUCGCUGUAGGUACCUCUCGUGGCGACCCCCGCACCCCUUUCUUUGAGGGGUGUUCCCCUUCCCCCCUUCUCCCCUCUGUCGCCUCUGCUGCUACUGUCGACCUCCUUGGGACUGAGCAGGUCGGGACAGCGUCCACUCCGAGUGGGCGUCGCAGCGGCAAAGGCAAAGGGGGCAAGGGAGGUGGUGAUGACAGCGGGGGAGGCGGUGGUGGGGGGGGUGGCGGCGGUGGGGGUGGUGGAGGGGCUGGAGGGGCUAGUGGCAGCAGUGGGGGUGGUGGCGGUGGCGGGGGUGGCGGCGGCAACAGCGGAGGAGGUGGCCGGGGUGGGGGCGGUGGUAGUGGAGGCAGUGGACGCGGUGGCGGCAGGGGUGGUGGUGGUCGAGGUGGUGGUCGAGGUGGUGGUCCGCGCCAGCAGCAGACUCUCUCGCCCCAGGAGCUUAGUGAGUGGUACCUUCAGCAUGGGGGGGGGGGGGUGGCCUUAGCUGCUCGUACGUCAUCCGCACAGUUUCCUGGUGCCACUGAGCUGCCCCUCUGGGCUGAUCUGCUGAGGAAGAACAUUGAUGUCUAUGCUCUUGACUUUGAUGUUAUUCUUGGUGCCAUGUAUGUGAUGUCUACUAGUGGAAAGAGUGCCCAGUACCUGCAUGUUCCGCCCGAUCCGGGCAUUUGGACCAGUGAGGCUGCCGCCCUAGGUGCUAGUGCGUCUGUUGCCCCAGGUGCUGUUGAGGCUGCCGCUCCAGGUGCUAACCUUGCUCGGCCGGUUGCAGUCUCCCUCGCUGACCCCUCUGGGGGUCCGGUCCUUGCGACCUCCUCCACUGUCCUCCCGUGUCCUGCGGUCCCGUCUGGCACACUGUCAGGUCUCUACCUCCCCUCGUUCUCUACGAACUUGGUGGCAGGCAGUGCGCUUCAGGAUGGGGGUGUUCACCAGUUCACCCCUGCCUACGAACGCGUGACACACUGCACGUGUGCUAGGACGGGUCGCCACUUGGCUACCUUCACUCGGCAGCCGGGGUCGGACCUGUACACACUGACCACUGAGCCCCCUCAGGUAGCUGCGUCUGCGUCCGCGUCUGCGUCAGGUCAGCUGUCGGCCCCCUGCUCGUGUCGCUCCCUGUCGCACCGGACUGUCCUCUGGCAUCACCGCCUUGGUCACCCGUCCGUGCAGCGCCUUCGGGGCAUGCACUCCCGGUACCUUGUCUCUGGUCUUCCCAGGGUGCUCCCUCCCCUCCCACCCUCGCUUGCUCCUCCCUGUCUUCCCUGUGUCGAGGGGCGGCAGCGCGCCGCUCCUCACUCCUCCUCCUUUCCCCCGACGACUGCUCCCCUGCAGACGCUCCACAUGGACGUGUGGGGCCCAGCCCGCGUUCGUGGACUGGGUCACGAGAGCUCCGCGAGCAAGAGGUUCCACUCCGACCUUCCUGUCCUCCGUCUGCACUCUGACAGAGGUGGGGAGUUUACCUCUGGCCUCUUGGAGGCCUUCUGUCAGCAGGAGGGCAUUGAGCAGUCGUUCACGCUUCCGGCCUCUCCACAGCAGAAUGGGGUUGCUGAGCGCCGCAUUGGCUUGGUCAUGGAGAUCGCUCGUACCUCCUUGGUCCAUGCGGCUGCCCCCCACUUUCUGUGGCCGUUUGCGGUCCGAUACGCUGCGCAUCAGCUCAACCUCUGGCCCCGUGUCUCCGCUCCGGAGACUUCCCCGACGCUGCGUUGGACGGGCAAGGUUGGUGAUGCGUCACGUUUUCGGGUCUGGGGAUCUCGAGCCUUUGUUCGCGAUGCGUCCGCGGACAAGCUCUCCUCCCGCACUGUUCCUUGUGUCUUCCUUGGCUUUGUCCUGGACGCGCCUGGUUGGCAGUUUUACCACCCCACCUCGCGCCGUGUCCUGCCUUCUCAGGACGUCACCUUCGACGAGUCCGUCCCCUACUACCGCCUCUUCCCCUACCGCACUGCCCCGCUCCCCCCCCCGCCUCUCUUCCUCGCUCCAGGUGCUGCUGUGCUAGACCCCCUCCCCCCUCAGGGUGCCGCUCCCUCAGGUGUGUCCCAGGUAGACCCGGUUGAGCCUGUCGAGGUAGCUGUCGACUCUCGUCCUGCUUGGGGUACUGAGCCUGCGGGUGCUGAGCGUGAGGGUGCUGAGCCUGAGUGUGAGGAGCCUGGGGGUGCUGAGCGUGAGGGUGCUGAGCCUGAGUGUGAGGAGCCUGGGGGUGCGGAGCCUGGGGGUGCUGAGCCUGAGUGUGCGGAGCCUGGGGGUGCUGCGCCUGGGGGUGCUGAGCCUGGGGACCCUCCCUCUUCAGAGCAGCUGCUUGAGUGGUACUCGCGGUACUGCCGCCUUCGGACACCUAGGCGGGAGCUCCCCUCUCUCCAGCAGCUCCGAGAGUGGUAUGGUCGGCGCUGCACUCUCCGGAGUGGAGCUGCUGGUGCUUGGGACUCUGGCGUUGGAGCUGCUGCUGGUGCUGCGGACCCUGGAGUUGGAGCUGCAGCUGCUGCUGCGGACCCUGGAGUUGGAGCUGCUGCUGGUGCUGCGGACCCUGGAGUUGGAGCUGCUGCUGGUGCUGCGGACCCUGGAGUUGGAGCUGCUGCUGGUCCUGCCGACCCGGUAGUUGGAGCUACUGCUGGUCCUGCCGACCCUGGAGUUGGAGCUGCUGCUGGUGCUGCGGACCCUGGAGUUGGAGCUGCUGCUGGUCCUGCCGACCCUGGAGUUGGAGCUGCUGCUGGUGCUGCCGACCCUGGAGUUGGAGCUGCUGCUGGUGCUGCGGACCCUGGCGUUGGGGCUCCUUCUGGUGCUGAGGACCCUGGAGCUGGCGCUGCUGGACCCGCUGCGGGUGCUGGUGGUGUCUCUACUGGUUCUGGAGACGCUGCGCGGCCCCGGCCGUACUUCGUUCCGCUCCUUCAGCAGGUUCUUGGUCAGCCUCCUCCUCCUUAUCAUGCUCCCUCCUUAGUGUGUCCUCCACCUGUCCCGUCGCAGUCACAGUUACCGCCUGCCUCGCCGCUCCCUGGUCCUUCUCCUUACACUGGUCCUACUGGAGGUCUUACGGAGCGUCGUGAGCUAGAGUCUCGUCCUGUGUCGCCUGCGUCUCGCUCUGCGUCACCUGUUCGUGCUGCUCGCACUGGUCGUCGUGUCCCGCGUCAGCGUCCUCCUGCUGUCCUCGGCACUCACCAGAUGGCGCUCCGUCCCUCCACUGCUCCUCAGCGUGUCCCUCUGCCGUCUCCUCCUGCGUCCUCUCUUCCUACUCUCGCUGACCCGGAGUCUGACUCCCUUCGUGCUGCCCGUCCUACUGUCACGCGUCUCCUCGCUACUGUUGUCACUGACCCUACCUUUGAGUCCUCUGCUGCGUCUGCUCUCGUUGCUGAGUUAGUUGACUUUGCUGCCGCUUGUCGUCUAGACUACGCUGCUAGCCUUGUUGCUGAGUCUGAGUCUGUCUGUCCUCCGUCCGUCGGGGGUGAGUGUGCUCUUGGCACGGACGUCCUUGAGGACAGGCAGGAGGAGUUCCAGUGCUUUGCUGCUGCUUUGCCUCAUCUCGUGUCCAUGCUAGUUGCCCCUGAGGGAGACCCGGAUGCACCAGACAUCCCGACCCCGCGCUCUUACGCAGAGGCGAUAGAGGGUCCCUACUCCUCUCAGUGGCAGACAGCCAUGGAUGCAGAGAUGGCUUCCUGGAAGUCCACAGGCACCUACGUCGACGAGGUUCCCCCGCCUGGGGCGAACAUCGUCAGUGGUAUGUGGAUUUUCAGGGUGAAGCGGCCGCUGGGUUCUCCGCCUGUCUUCAAGGCGCGUUACGUUGCUCGAGGCUUCAGUCAGCGAGAGGGAGUAGACUUCUUCCAGACCUUCUCCCCUACCCCGAAGAUGACCACUCUUCGGAUGCUGCUGCACAUAGCCGCUCAGCGCGACUACGAGCUUCACUCUCUUGACUUCAGCACAGCUUUCUUGCAGGGCAGCCUGCACGAGGAGAUCUGGCUGCGUCGCCCUCCUGGCUUCACUGGGUCGUUUCCUCCUGGUACCCAGUGGAGCCUCCGGCGGCCGUAA